AUGAGAAGCCCCCGCAACGUAAAGGAAGUCCAACGGCUGGCCGACCGUAUCGCCUCCCUGGCUCGUUUCUUGCCGUGCAUGGCGGAAAGGUCAAGGCCGAUAAUAUCUUUGUUAAAAAAGGCAAGAAAAUUCCAAUGGACGGAGGAGUGCGAGUCUUCGUUCCAAGACUUCAAGAAAAGGUUGGCAGCCCCACCCCUACUAGCUAAACCAAACCCCCUUUUAGAAAUGAUCGUCUAUAUCUCCGCGUCGGACAAAGCUAUCAGCACGGCCCUAGUACAAGAGCAAACAGAACAAAUACCGGUAUAUUUCAUCAGCCGAGUUCUACAAGAAGCAGAGACCCGAUAUCAACAUCUGGAGAAGACAGUCCUAGCCCUCGUACACACGGCCCGUCGUCUUCGCCACUACUUCCAGGGCCACAAAGUAGUUGUCAGGACGGACAGCCCGAUCGUCAAGGUCUUGUGGAAGCCCGAACUAGCAGGGCGAAUGGUUUCUUGGUCGGUGGAAUUGUCGCAAUUCGACAUUCGUUUUGAACCAAGAGGUCCCAUCAAAGCACAAAGUAUGGCCGACUUCAUAAACGAAUUCACCCCGGAAGCACUACCUGAACCGCACGUUUGGACAUUACAUGUGGAUGGAUCAUCAAAUCUGCAGGGUAGUGGGGCCGGUAUCAUACUCGAGGGCCCUGGUAAAGUAGUAAUUGAACAGUCAUUACGGUUCGACUUCAAGACCUCCAAUAACCAAGCCGAGUACGAAGCCCUCCUAGCUGGCCUGCGAUUGGCAAGCGACUUAGGUAUCGCUGAAGAAGUCCACGUUGAACACACGCCUCGGGAACUGAAUGUGAGAGCGGACCAACUAGCCAGAUUGGCAAGCAGCAAAAAGACAAGCCACUUGCGAAGCAUGAUUCAACAAGAACUCCAACGCCCAAGCAUCACCCAAGAAGAAUGUCUACACGUCCAACAAGACGCGACCGAUUGGAUGACAAGCAUAAUUCAAUACCUCUUGGAAGGAACAUUGCCAACAGACCCUUUGGAAGCCAAGAAAGUAAGAACAAGGGUGGCCCGAUAUGUCAUGAUAGCCGGCGAACUUUACAAGCGGAGUGUCUCGGCACCUCUGUUGAAGUGUUUAACGCCCGAACAAGCGCAUUAUGUCUUGCGAGAGAUUCAUGAAGGCGUGUGUGGAACUCAUUCAGGAAGCCGAACUCUUGCGGCAAAGGUCAUUCGGGCCGGUUAUUACUGGCCCACCCUGACAGCUGAUUGUGCCAAGUUUGUGCAACACUGCCGGCAAUGUCAACAACACGGACCUCUGACACAUCAACCUCCAGAAGAGCUCCACUCUAUCACCACCCCAUGGCCAUUUUCCAUUUGGGGCAUGGAUAUUCUAGGACCGUUCCCGUCGGGCAAGGGGCAAGCAAAAUUCCUCGUGGUGGCAGUAGAUCACUUCACCAAGUGGAUUGAAGCGGAAGCAUUGACCACCAUCACGGCCAACAAUGUCCAAAAAUUCUUCUGGAAGAACAUCGUCACCCGCUUCGGAAUCCCAUAUGCCCUGAUAACAGAUGAAGCAGCAAAUAAAGUCAUCCUUAGGGAGUUGAAAAGGCGUCUUGGAGAGGCCAAAGGAUCAUGGCCAGAUCACUUACCUGACAUCCUAUGGGCAUACCGCUGCACUCCACAGAGCUCAACCAAGGAAACCCAUUUCCGGCUGACGUAUGGCACAGAUGCAAUGAUUCCGGUUGAAGUGGGGGAACCUUCGCUAAGACGAACGCAAUUCGAUGAAGACGCUAAUGGACAACCGCUCAACAUCGAGCUGGAUCUGAUCGACGAAGCACGGGACCGAGCCCUCAUCAAUAUGGAGGCAUGCAGAACCAGGUUGGCAAGGAAACUUCGCACGAAACUGAAACCAAGGGAAUUUCAGGCCGGAGAUCUAGUGUGA